AUGUUAAAAUCAUUUAUAUUAAGAAAUCAUUGUAAUAAUCUAACAAAUGUUGUUAGAUCAUCAUUAGUUAGAUAUAACAGUAGUAGUAGUAGUAGCAACAGCAACAAUAAAAAUGAAUCAACAACAAAUAUAAAACCAAAAACAGCAAUUGUUAUGUUAAAUUUAGGUGGACCAGCAAAACCAGAGGAUGUAGAACCUUUUCUGACAAGAUUGUUUAGUGAUCGUGAUAUUUUCAAGCUACCAUUUCAAAAGUGGGCAGGUAAAUUCAUUGCGAAACGUCGUUCGCCAGCGGUACGUAAGCUUUACGAGGCGAUCGGUGGUGGCAGUCCCAUCAGAAUGUGGACAGAGCGUCAGGGUACAGCAAUGGCACAACAACUCGACCGUCUAUCGCCAUCGACAGCGCCACACAAGUUUUACAUUGGAUUCCGUUAUGCCGAUCCACUGAUCGACGAGACACUCGACGCUAUGAAACACGAUGGUGUGGAACGCGCCAUCGCCUUCACACAAUAUCCACACUUCUCUUGCACCACCACCGGAUCCAGUCUAAACAAUCUCUGGAAAUCACUGGAGUCCAAAGGAAUGGACAGCGAUUUCCAAUGGUCGAUUAUCGAUCGUUGGCAUCUACACGAUGGAUUCAUCGAUGCCGUCGCCAGCAAGGUGAGCGCGGCACUCGCGCGCUACAAAGUGGAAGCCGGCAAAAUAGGUGAUCAGACAGAGCCGGUUGUGGUUUUCAGUGCUCAUUCACUGCCAAUGAGAACGGUGGAGCGUGGUGACCCUUACCCCAAUGAAGUAGCCGCUACAGUUGCCGCGGUAAUCAACAAGCUUGGCGGCGAGAACGCACCACAACACAUGUUGUGUUGGCAGUCCAAGGUCGGACCACUGCCAUGGCUAGUUCCAAAGACAUCGGAUACCAUCGAACGCCUAGCGAAAUCCGGAAGAAAUGCUAUCGUUGUACCAAUUGCAUUCACCUCAGAUCACAUUGAAACACUCUCAGAGAUCGACAUUGAACUUCAGCAUCUCGCCAAAGAAAACGGAAUGAAACUACUGCUUCGUAGUGAAUCACUCAACGACGAUCCAAAGCUGACAUCGGCAUUGGCAGACAUUGUAUUGCAACAUAUGAAAUCUGGAAAAUCGAUACAACAUCACAAUCAAUAUAAACUCAAAUGUCCAGGAUGUAUAGAUGAAACCGGUCAUUAUUGUAGAACCAUUAGAAAUCCAAUAGUACUUUAA